CACCAACUAGUUACUCACCAGCUUGGAAGACUGGCGAUUCCUGACUGCUCACUCUCAUUGUUGUUGAUCCACUUGUGAAGCACCACUCUUGAGACCACCGCGUCUCCCACGACCACAUGGCUUCCGCACGUCCAGCAUCUUCACUUCGCCAAGAGGAUCAGUCUGCCGCACCCAACAUGGACGCACAACAGCAGCAGCAAGGCGGUCUGGAUUACCGUUAUGGAGAUUCGACUGUCAUUUUUCACAGUUUCGACAAUGACCUUCUCCUCAUCCGCAUCUUCCUCGACGACCAUACCAAGUGCAUUGCUUUCGAGGUUCCAGACUACUCGCAAACGCAUUACUCAGCCUGUUUGGACCUCCACGGGAGACUAUUCACCAACGCCCAAGGCGUCCUCGUUCGUGACUUCGAAAUGUCCGACUACAAUAGCCUCGUUGCCGCAGUUCGCCAUGGCGUCAGCACCGCGUUAGACGAGGUGAGACUGAGCCAAGCCGUCUCACUCCGAAGCGUCCGCGAUGCCUACUGGGCGGGCCUUGCUCAAGUCAUCGUUAGAGCUAAACAAUACGCGGGCCUUGAGCCAUACAUCCGCCACGAAAUGUUCGAGAAGAUAUUGACGUCUGCGAUUGAAAACUCCUCUGGUAUCAACCAGAUCCAAGAAUGCAACUACGAGUUGCUUGUCUCGUCGCUCACCCUAGACAACGACCUCUACGGUUCGAUGUGGACGGCGCAGCUGCGGUUAAGAGAUGCGGGGCUGGCUCGGCCUGGUGUUGUCGUUGUCGCUCCUCAAACAAUCAUCAACACCGAGGUGAGGACGGUCGCCUCGGAGGAGGACAAUCGCGCCGCUCUCUUGGAGAGUUUCCGCCGGGCGGCCGGCAAGGGAGCAGAGGCUCAGACCACCGCCGAUGCCGAUAAGGCUUGGGCCCAUCUCACCAAUGUCAUGUGGGCAUUGAAGGUCCUGGAAGACGGCGCUUCGGGCGAGGAGUCCUCGGACUCAGAUGACGACAACGACAACGAUGUGGACAUGGAGGGCGAGGGAGGCAGUGCGGCGGAGGAGGAGGACUGGGCGACCGAGGACGACGACGACAAUGAUGCUGGCACAGCCAGUUCGUCCGUCGCUCCUGGCCCCUCCAACGCUGCCACUGCCGGCCCGGGAAACAGACAGUGGAACCAUAUGCCCGGAGCGGAGUUUCCGUGGCGUUGCUUGCUCUGCCCGGCCCACAAGGAGGCUCACCACAAGGGCAUCAAGAACAAGUCGUCGAUGAGGCGCCAUUUUGACCUCACGCACGACUUGGAUGUGCAGCUUCCACAGAGCCUUUAGGGGAAUGGGGUGUCUCGGUUGGGUUGGUUUUCCUGGAGAUGAGAGAAAAGGAGACAAGGCGACGCAACGAAAGAAGCAUGAGUUUUAUGCACGUUGCGAGAGGUCGCACAGCUGCGUGGCAGCUUAGAUAGCAAUCAAACACAUCCAAAAACAAGAAAAUCGCUUGCUUUCUUUCGCCCUGCUUCGAUAU